AUGCUCCUUCCGAUCCUGCAACGACAGUCUCUCCGGUCCGCUGGCUUACGCCGACAUUGUCGCCUACUCCAUAUUUCGAAACCUAGACUACGCAUCUUCGACCCCGUUCGGUCCGAAGAUGAGCUUUACACCCUGCUCGUGCUCUCUACAUCCCGUAGACUUCCGCUCAUCACCCUUUGGUCUGCAUCAUGGUGUCCCUCUUGCCACGCUAUACGACCCCUCAUUCAGGACUUAGUUGAUGAACAGGCUAAGAAUGGAUCAUUGCUCGGGUUCGCAGAAGUUGAAAUUGACCUCCCGACGACUUCAAGUCUUGCUUCUCUAUAUUCGAUCAAGUCGAUACCGACGAUGCUGGCCUUUCACAAGGGAUUGGCUCUCAACAACAGAAUCGUGGAUACCAGAAAAGCAAAGCACAGAGGGUAUUUGGCAAACUGGCUGCGUGAAUGUGCUGCGGCCCGAUAG